UGUUGUAGGGGGAUGGUGAGUGCAUCUGUGUGCAGAAAAUGCCGGAAACUACAUCUGUUAUCAUGGUCAAGCUAAAGUGCACAGAGUAAAAACUGUCUGGACUUGAAAAUCCUGUGUGAAACUACGUGCGAAGUACACGUAGGGAGAGGGGUGGAGGAAAGAGGAAAGAACAAGAUAAACUGUGACAUCAGCAUUGCAUGACAGUAUGGUAUGUAGUUCAACAAGGAACUGCAGGACGUGUUUGAGAAGAGCAAAAGCAAAUUGUACAAGAUCUGCUAUAUAAAACACAGUUUCACCACAAUGGACAUCCCUGACUUGUCUUCUAUGAAAUUUUCCAGGCCUGAAAUUUUUGAGUUUGAGGGAAUCUCAAUGAUCAACCACUUCACUGACAACUGGGAAAAGGUGAAAAACUUUCAAGCAAGACCUGAUGACAUUCUAAUCGCCACUUACCCCAAAGCAGGUACCACCUGGGUGUCAUAUAUUCUAGACCUUCUGUAUUUUGGUAAAGAUGCACCAGAGGAACAUACUUCUCAGCCUAUCUACAUGAGAGUGCCAUUCCUGGAGUCUUGUUUUAAAGUGAUUGCACCAGGAACGGAACUGGCUGAUAAUAUGACAACCUCUCCUCGACUCAUUAAAACUCAUUUACCUGUUCAGCUUGUCCCCAAGUCCUUCUGGGAGCAGAACUCAAAGGUUGUGUAUGUAGCUCGGAAUGCAAAAGACAAUGUGGUUUCCUAUUUUCAUUUUGAUCGAAUGAACAUGGCAGAGCCUGAACCAGGAGAUUGGAACACCUACUUACAGAAAUUCAUGGAUGGAAAGAGUGUAUUUGGUCCUUGGUAUGACCAUGUCAAUGGAUACUGGGAAAAAAAACAGACUUAUUCUAACCUAUUGUACUUGUUCUUUGAGGAUUUGGUUGAAGACACUGGACGUGAAGUGGACCAUUUGUGUUCUUUCUUGGGUUUGUCCACUUCAGUCAAUGACAGGGAGAAGAUAACGAAAGACGUUCAGUUUGAUGCAAUGAAACAAAACAAGAUGACCAACUAUUCCUCUCUCCCAGUCAUGGACUUCAAGAUCUCGCCCUUCAUGCGGAAAGGUAAAGUUGGAGACUGGAAAAAUCACUUCACUGUGUCACAAAAUGAACAGUUCGAUAAGGUCUACAAAGAGAAGAUGAAGAAUUCCACUGUCAAGUUCCGCACUGAGAUUUAAUAUAUCAUGCUCUAGAUAUUUCUUCAGAGUAGCAGCUAACAAUAUGAUCUGGGUCCCUAACAGAAGUCUAAUUAUAGUACAGAUAUUUAGUAUAGAUGUUUGAUCAGUUACAGAAUAUAUUGUAAUUAUGAAAUUUAUAGGUUGAUUUUUGUGGAGAAUGGUAACACUUUCAAAGUACAGUAAGUGAUGUGAUUGUGUUUUUUUUUUUCACAACAAAAAAAAUCAACACAACAACACAGAUGUAACCAUUUCAUAGCCACGUGUAUAAGCCUUGUCAUUUACAUAAAAUGCUUUUAUUCAAUUCACAGUCACUCUCGCUCACUUUCCUUCGGCUUAAUAUCUAAUUUAUCAUGGGUCACCACAGUGGAAUGAACCGCCAAUUAUGUUUUAUGCCUUUCCAGCACUAACAGCACACCCAUUCACACACACUCAUACACUACGGCCAAUUUAGCCUUUAUCCAAUUCUCAUUAUACCGCAUGUCUUUGUACUAUAAUAGGAAACUAGAGCACCAAAAAGAACUCUAUGCCAGCAUGUGGAGAACAUGCAAACUCCACAUAGAAAUACCAUUUUAACCAGUUGGGACUUUAGCCAGAGACCCUCUUGCUGUUCUCUGAGCCUUAUUAAAUUAAAUUCAUCUUUAUUUCCAUAGCUCUUUUUACAAUGUAAAUUCUGUCAAAGCAGCUUAACAUAAAGGAGGAAAAGAGAAUUAAAAGCCAUACAAAUAUUCCAGGUUGUGGAACAUUCCAAAAUAUCAGGCAGCCAGGAGAGUAUCGGAAGUACUAAACUUCUUGAAAGCAGGAUCAGCCAGGCUGACCUCCUCAGUCUUUUUACAGGUUAGGAGUCUUGUUGUCAUACUUGAUGCUGAUCUUUGUUUGACUAAGCAAAUGUGUUAAGUUCUGUUGUCAAUAACAGUUUAUAGCAGUUUUCUCCCUCAGUCAUCUAUUACAAAUGGUACAUGCUGCAACAAGGUUGUUCUCCUAGUCAAAAUAAAAGGAUCAUGUUACAUGGUAUUUAUUUAAGUGUUUCUUUUCAAUUAAUAAAUUUGCUGUUUGUUUUUAAAGCUCCCUCAUCUUCAAGAUCAUUAAGAUCUUCUGACAGGGCUUUGUUAGCUGUCCAGAGAGGGGUCUGUGUGCAGUUGCAAGCUUAGCUGCAUUCAGUGCUUUUAAUGUGCACAAAGCCAGACUUAGAUUUAAGGAGUUUAAAAUCCUAAACGAUAAUGAAAUCUGCUUGCUGCACACACAUGAGGAAAAUAUUUGGCAAUUUUAUUACCUCUAAUCUAAAACUUGCAAUUCAUUUCAAUUCAUCUUUAUUUCUAUAGUGCUUUUACAAUGUAGAUUGUGUCAAAGCAGCUUCACAUAAAAGUUCUAGUAAACUGAAACUGUCAGUCCAAUUUUCAGUCUCUCUUCCUGCACAGGAAGAGAGACUUCCUGUGCAGAGCUGCAGUCUAGGCAUCGGAGGCUGAAGGCUGGACGUCCAUUGUAGAGAAGCUGCAGGUGGGAGAGGUCACCGGCUGGUGUACAGGCUGGCCCACGGAAUCAAUGCGAAGACUCGUUUGUCACUGGGGUCUUUCAGGAAACAGUCUCAUGCUCUCUACUCCUCCAUGACCACCAAAGAAUUCGCUCAGGAUAUGGCCUAGUCUAGGAUUAUGGCCUCGGGAUAAUAAAAAACAGACUAACAUUAGCCUAGAUGCCGUUCAAACUAUAAUGUCUUUUGGGAAGAGUUCCUGUCUCUAGUUGCUCUAAUUAAUGCAGCCUAACAAUCCUUUAGAGGAUUUGGAUUUCAACACACUACGAGAUUUGGAAACUUCAGCAAAAAACACACUUCAGGAUAUUGUUAAGUUUAUCAUGCCCCAUGGGGCGCAUCACCAGAUCACAAAAUAACUCUUACUGUAUGUACACACAGAAAGCGGCAAGUGCGUCAAUAGCCGGAAGUCAUUCAUUUUCAAUGGUAGCAGGCGGCGAGGAGCAGUGCGGCGCGUUUUCGCUGGUGUGAACAUGGAGGAGAGUUGAAAUCAAGUCAACUUUAUGGUAAUGAGCUAUGACGCAGUUCGGCGGCAAGCAAUCAAAAUGUAGAAUUGCUGCUUCAGAAUAUUUCAGACAUAUGGAACAUUAACAUUAACAAAAUUUGGCCGUAGUGUAUAAGUGUGUGUAAAUAUGUGAGAGUGCAUUGGUGUUUCCCAGUACUGGGUUGCGGUUAGAGGGGCAUCCACUGUGUAAAACCUAUGCUGGAAUAGUAUGUGGUUCAUUCCGCUGUGGUGACCCCUGAUAAUCAGGCACUAAGCCAAAGGAAAAUGAAUGAAUACAUUUUACAAGUAACAACAGUUAAUAUUCAAUUCAUAAAGUAUUCUAACAGUUGGUAAAUAA